GAGUACACCAGGCCCUGAAGGUUCUGAGUUGCUGUUUGCAGUGGUCCAAAUGAGAAAGACGUGGAAAAUGGGAGGCAUGAAAUACAUCUUUUCCUUGUUGUUGUUUUUUCUUUUCUUAGAAGGAAGCAAAACAGAACAAGUAAAACAUUCGGAGACAUACUGUGUGUUUCAAGACAAGAAGUACAGAGUGGGUGAGAGAUGGCAUCCUUACCUGGAACCUUAUGGGUUGGUUUACUGUGUGAACUGCAUCUGCUCAGAGAACGGGAAUGUACUUUGUAGCCGAGUAAGAUGUCCAAACCUUCAUUGCCUCUCUCCUGUGCAUAUUCCUCAUCUGUGUUGCCCUCGCUGCCCAGAAGACUCUUUACCCCCAGUGAACAAUAAGGUAACCAGCAAGUCGUGUGAGUACAACGGUACCACUUACCAGCAUGGAGAGCUAUUCAUGGCAGAAGGGCUCUUUCAGAACCGGCAACCCAAUCAGUGCACCCAGUGCAGCUGUUCGGAGGGAAAUGUGUAUUGUGGUCUCAAGACUUGCCCCAAAUUAACCUGUGCAUUCCCAGUCUCUGUUCCGGAUUCCUUCUGCCAGGUGUGCAGAGGAGAUGGAGAAUUGUCGUGGGAACAUUCCGAUGGUGAUAUCUUCCGGCAGCCUGCCAACAGAGAAGCAAGGCAUUCUUACCACCGUUCUCAUUAUGAUCCUCCACCAAGCCGACAGGCUGGAGGUCUUCCCCGCUUUCCCGGGGCCAGAAGUCACCGGGGAGCUCUUAUGGAUUCCCAGCAAGCAUCGGGGACUAUUGUGCAGAUUGUCAUCAAUAACAAACACAAGCAUGGACAAGUUUGUGUUUCCAAUGGAAAGACCUAUUCCCAUGGCGAGUCCUGGCAUCCAAACCUCCGGGCAUUUGGUAUUGUGGAGUGUGUGCUGUGCACUUGUAAUGUCACCAAGCAAGAGUGUAAGAAAAUCCACUGCCCCAAUCGGUACCCCUGCAAAUAUCCUCAAAAAAUAGAUGGGAAGUGCUGCAAGGUGUGUCCAGGUAAAAAGGCAAAAGAAGAACUUCCAAGCCAAAACUUUGACAGCAAAGGCUACUUUUGUGGAGAAGAAACAAUGCCCGUGUAUGAGUCUGUGUUCAUGGAAGAUGGGGAGACCACCAGAAAAAUAGCACUGGAGACUGAGAGACCACCUCAGGUAGAGGUCCACGUUUGGACCAUUAGAAAGGGCAUCCUCCAGCACUUCCAUAUUGAGAAGAUCUCCAAGAGAAUGUUUGAGGAGCUUCAUCACUUCAAGCUGGUGACCAGAACAACCCUGAGCCAGUGGAAGAUAUUCACCGAAGGAGAAGCUCAGAUCAGCCAGAUGUGUUCAAGUCGUGUAUGCAGAACAGAGCUUGAAGAUUUGGUCAAGGUUUUAUACCUGGAAAGAUCUGAAAAGGGCCACUGUUAGGCAAGAAAGACAGUAUUGGAUAGGGUAAAAGCAAGAAAACUCAAGCUGCAGCUGGACUGCAGGCUUAUUUUGCUUAAGUCAACAGUGCCCUAAAACCCCAAUCUCAAAUGCAGUCAAUUAUUCAUGCCAUGAACAGAAUAACUUGCUCCUUUAUGUGGAGUGGUGUGUCGACCCUUAAACACCUCCUCCAAAGAGAUUAGAAGAGUUUUGAAUAUUUGUGGGAGGAGAGCGAUAGCACACCACUCACUGAUCUGGUUUCUUGGAGAAUCACAUUUCUUUACAGGUUAAAGAGCAAACAAAACCCUCAUGGUUUCUAAUCCAGAAAGUUAUUCGAAUAAAAGAAAAAGAAGGGGAUUGCUUAGUAGGAGUUCUGGAGGACAGAGCAACUAUUUGUACGAAGCUAUCCUGUUUGAAUUUUAGGAUGUCUUGUGUUCUUUGAAAAAAAAUAAUUUCCCAUCCUCAUAUGCACAUAUGCUCACACAUACAUACAUAUGUACAAACACAUAAAACUAUAGCCUUCACUGUGACACAAAGCCAGCCUAGACUCUAGCUUACUUUCCAUUGCCUGUGUCCCAAAAAGUUUAGAGGUUGUAGGUGCCCAGGAGAAUAAAGAAUUGUGAGCAGAAUACUCUGUACUUACAUAUUUGGUGUGGCCAUUGAAGUAAUCAACUAGAGUGGCAGGGUAAAGAAUAAGAACCUUAU